ACUAGGUCACAAUUAAAGUGGAGUAACGCCGGAAAAAUACUUCCAGAACUGCUAAUACAACACUCCAAUCUACCUUUUGAGCUGUUUUUUAUAGAUACGUUGCUUUCUCUCACGAUGUUGGUUUCUGGCAUCCUGCUUCUCGUUGCCUUCUACGGCUCGACUCCAGGUGAAGCUGGUGACCCGACGCUGCGCGUGAAUGUACUGACUGUAGAUCUCGUCCAAAGCAAAUCCGAAUUCAUAGACACGUGGACGGCGACUUUGACCAAAGCGAAGCCAGUGAAUAAAAUUGGGCUAGUAGCUCCGAUCUCGAAAACCUUCCCCGAAGACAUGAUGGUAUCUACGGAGAUUAGUUUGGACGGUACUUCUUUAAUGGCUAUUGACAGCAGUUUGUGUGAAUCGAUUAAAGAUGAAGUUAUCGCCAAGGGUUUUUUGGCUGCCGGAAACCCUUUUCCCGCCAAUUGCCCAUUCACAAAGGGUAAUCAUCGAAUAGUCGACUACGUCGUUGACACCAAUAGAUUAUCGACAGUUCCAGAUGGAAAGCUGGAAUGCAAUGUUACUUUACACAUGCCCGAUAAGGAUGCCUUUAUAUCGAUGAUCAUCACCGGGAUAAUAAGUCACGAAGUACCCGGCAUGGGAUAAAGCCGAAAAACUCACCUUUUCUAACGAUGUGAUGAUCAUGAAUGACCUAAGAUUUAACCCAUGGACCAUGACUUUUAGUGUAAAUAAUUAUCCUAACUUGUAGAAAUGUAGUAUAAAAAGUGAAAUUGUGCUGUACAUGGUAUACUAUUUAAUCGGCAAUUUCGCAUGUAUUAUACAGCCACUCGGCAGAGUCUCGGCCAAGUUCAUUAAAAAAAAUCGGAGUUACUUACACUUGGCGGGCCAUUUUAGAAAUAUAUCUUUAGAGACAAAUGAAAUUUUAUCAUUACUGUAUCAUGUAUGCAUCGUGCCUUGACUAGCUCUACCUAUAGAGCCUCUUUGUACCAUUAUAUGUAGACUAUCUUUAUAACCUGGGCAAUUAAUUUACCGUGUUACAGCCUAGCAGUUCAAAAACAAACGCACAUAUGUAAGAAAUGCAUACGCAAAUAUAAAUGAAUUCUGUUAGCUGGAUUUUAGAAAAUAAAAUGGUAUUCUUCGAA